AUGUCCCAGAAUAUUCCAAUAGAUCGUCUCGGAUUUUAUCGACAAAUCAUUCCCACAGACCCGGCCGCACUUCGUUUCGAUUACGCACAGACUGAGGAGUGUGAAAACACCAAAGCUGAAUCCAACAUGUCUUCUCAGCCCGAGAAUAAGUCUAUGCACCGUGUGUUUUUGCCCGGCGCAUUCUCAUCUGUCCAGGUCAAAGACCCCGCGGAGGGGGUCAAGGUCACGAAAGGCGUCGAGUUCAGGUUCCGCUUCGACCACGUGGUCAGGCAGACCAAGAGAGAAGACUACACCGUCACCGGAAAGCUUGAGCUGAUUGAGCCGCUCCCUGACAACGAACGAGAGCGCAAGGAGAUUCAGAAAGGCCUGGCAGACACUUUCAAGAGACUUCCGGAACAAUGGGGGACCGGUCCUCUUCACGGCCUCAGGGCCGAGAAAGACUUUUAUGGUUGGCCUUGCACGCUGGACCGUCUGGGAAAGUAUCGAUUCUCAGUCACCGCUGAGCUCAAAGGGGUUGUGGAGAGAGAGGCAAAGCAGGAGGCGGCGGCAAGGGGCGAUCAUGAUGCCCGAAUUUCGGCCGUGGCAAUGUACUCGUUUCACGAACAUGAAUUCUACGUUGUCGAGCCGCAAUCAUAG